AUGACCUUUUCCUACAUCGGAGGACUUUUAACCGUCUUCCUCUUUGUCGCGCUGCUCCAGCGCCAGAGCUCCAAAUCCCGUUCCGGUUUUCUCAUUGAACACCUGUUACUAGUGGAUUUUGUUAUCUGCGCCAUCAUCCAGCCAACCUAUCUGGUCAACGCCUUUCUGGAUGCCACUGUUCCCGGACGGCAGACGUUAUUCCACUGCAUCGUCUUUACGACGAUCCGCUUUACAACGUAUUAUACGCAAUACUGGGCGCAGCUCACCCUAGCCGUCAACCGGCUCAUCGCGGUGUCCUUUCCCAAGAUGUACAAAACCUGGACAAAACGACACUUAUUAAUCAGUGCCAUCGUCUUCUGCUGGUUGGUCGGCAUCGCGUGUAAUAUUCCGCCAUUCUUCGGCUUUGGAUACACCAUCAGUAAUCACUUCCCGCCGUUAAACACGUGUUCCACCAAACCAGCGUCCCGCGGCAAUAUGGUGGUGAUGUCCAGUGUCGGGAUCUACGUGCCCAUGGUUCUGGUGGGGGUAAUUUAUAUUUUCAUCUGGAUUCAUUCAAAGGUCAUGAGCCGGACAUCCGGUCGCUUGGCGUUAGAGCGACGUAUGAAAGUCGCUAAGAUGCUCUUUGCUUCUUUCGUUUUCUACUUGCUCCUGUUUUUACCGAUGGCCAUCGCGCCCACGUUUUUUCCCACAAUCCGCUAUACACGCCCGGAAGUACUGGUUUGGUUGAACACUCUACAAGCGCUGGGAUUCGGCAGUAAUUCAAUGAUAUUCCUCGUGCUUAACGACAAUUAUCGCAAGCACUUUCAACUUAUGAUGGCUAAGCUGCGGACAAAGGAAAAAGUUGCGGCUAUAAACAAAGCGUUAACGGAAGAUGCGGAAUCACCGAAUAGUAAAGAUGCCGGCAAUGGCGUAACUGGAAAAAUAUUACCCACGGCGGAGCCGUCACGACGCAACUGA